AUGAUUCACCUGACGAGUCUCAAGCGGAACCGCGCGCGCUGCAGUCAUCCCAGCGACCGCUGCCCGCACGGCAACUGCGCCGUCAGGGGGCCCCACGGCUCGGACAACUGUGUCGAGGACGGGUGCCGCAGCCAGCGCCGAUGGUUCGGCGGCCGAGACAUGAGGCGCUGCGACGAGCACCGGUGCCACUUGCACAACUGCACCGAGGCGCGCGGACGGAGCGACUACUGCCGAAACCACACAUGCCGAUCCGAGGGCUGCCGCGAGGGCGUCAUUAGCGGCGCGAGCCUCUACUGCGUGCGUCACGAAGGCCUGUUCAGCGGCAACGGUGUCGGCGGCGGCGUCGGCAGCGGCUGGGCAUGUGACUUCGACGCGUGCGAGCACCGCGCGCUGUCGGGGCAUCAGUACUGCAAUAUCCACGAGUGCGAGGUACGUGAGUGCCUGGGACCAAUAGUUGCAGGAGUGGCCAACUUUUGCUUCGAGCACAAGUGCCGCGUCUGCUCGCACAGGAAGCUCGCCAGCGGGCGCUUUUGCCUCGAGCAUGGUUGCGCACACAUGGACUGCGGAGAGCGCGCCGUCAACAGCGGCUGGUGUGACGCGCAUUGGAACAGGCGGCGGCGGCGGCGGCGGCGGCGCUCAUCGUGGUCACGAUCACCCGGCGUUCGGUUCGAAGACACCAUCGACGACCACGACGACGACGAGGAGCUUGAUGACCUAGACUACGAUGACGAUGAGUACGACUUGGACGACGACGAUGACGACGAAGAUGGCCAUGGUAGAUGGCGGCCAAGAUCCCGUGUGCGAGGGGCGGCGGAGCGGAGCGGGUCCCCGGCCCGGGCCUGCCAUUUCCGGACCGGAAGCGGGCCCAUACCGGACCGCAUUUGCAGCCGGCGUGCCGAGCGUGACUGCGACUACUGCACGCAGCACCGGUGCCGGGACCGCAAUUGCGACGGGCCCGUGCGCGGCGAGACGUCGCUGUACUGCCGCGGGCAUGAGUGUGAGCGCGACGGGUGCCAGCGCAGGGUGCACCGCGGCCGCGGCGCAGCGGCAUGCGGCUCCGUUUCCGUGUGCGCCCGACACCGGCGCUGCGUUGUCGACGGCUGUGGCAGGGACGUCGACGGCCGCGGCAUAGACGCCCUGUGCGUGCGCCAUCGGUUCCUCGGCGCGCCCUUUCGCGGUUCUGGAGGCCUUGCGUGA